GUAGCCCUUUUACGCUAUCACGGAUCUGAUAUUACUUCGUUAAUCCAUACGCGUCUGCUUGCGCCUGCUACGCGAGAGACUGCGAGAGGGGCGCGCGCGGUUGAGCUACUCUGAGCUACCCUCCCCGUACGUUGUGACCGGCGCUAUUAUCAGAGUAACUCUAGCAUCAUACUGUAAUAAGGCUACGUGGUUGUCGGUAGGCGAGGUCGAGGAGCGGUUUUCGCCUAACAGGAAGUAACAGGAAGUAAGUUCCCCUACGGUGCACAUCCACAGGCCCAGUUUUCGUGCAAACCUGCAACGCAAGCCUAGUUUAUUUUGUGCUCACUAUCAACAACUACUUACAACAGCAGGCGAAACUUAUUGUUAUAGUGAGGCCGCCCAGCAGGCCGUUCACAGCAGUCUGGCUCGCCAGUCGCAGUGGCCGUCGCCGUGACGCUUACCUAUUAUCAUAACAACAAUAGCUCGUACAUCCAAGGUGUCAAUUCGGAGCUAAGGCGCACGAGCGGGUGCCUAAGUGCCAAAACGCAGCUGUUUUACUUGACUCUCACUUACUCGCGCUAAUCUGUGGUGGUGGGCCUCGCCACCUCUCAGCAACAGCUUCACAUAUGCUGCAAAGUAAACCCGGCGGCGCCCUAGCGCAGGAAGCCGUCGAGUGCAUCGCGGCCAUUCGCGAGCAGCCACGUUUCGCGCCGUUCGCUGACGUUUCUGAGGACGUCCUACGGUCAAUUUCGUCGGUAGGGGAGGAAUCAUGUGAUGAUAUCUUUUUCGACGUCGCGGCCAGCGACCUCAUCGACACAAAGAGCAUAGAUUCGGUGCAUUCCUUCAUUUCCAGCCACCAGCACAACUCCGCACCCCAGGCUGGCGGCGCGCCUAAACGGCAGGUUCUGGCACGAGUGGCCGGCACAGGGCUAGCGCCCUGGGAAAUACACCGCCCGCAGCAGUUUGUCCGUGACCUGGUUCUGCGCGGUCGCUGCUUCUCCGGGCGGGUCCUGGACGCGGGCUGCGGCAUCGGCGAUAACGCCCUGUUCAUUCAGAAGGCAUGUCCGCAGGCGCACGUCACGGCGGUGGACGUGGUGCCGCGCUGCCUGGAGUUCGCGGCUGCCAAGGCCAAGCUGCGCGGCAUGUGUGGCAAGGUGCAGAUGCUGGCCGCUGACCUGCUUGAGUUGGACCCGGCCCGGCAGCACCAGGCGCUGUGCGGUCCCGACGCUGACGGUGCCUACGACUGCGUCCUGGACUCGUCCACCUUCCACUGCUUUGGUGACGCCGACCGCGAGCGCUACGUGGCAGUGCUGGGGCGGCUGCUGCGGCGCGGCGGCCUGCUGGUCAUGAACUGCAUGAGCGAGGAGGAAGGCCGGCCGGGCGGGCCGCGGCGCAUCACGGUGCCGGAUCUGCUGUCGGUGUUCAACCGGCAGUCGGGCUGGGAGGUGGAGGUGAUCGAGGACUCCAUCAUCGAGCUGCACCCCACCUUCUGGGGUGGCAAGGCCCUGGCGCGGCUCUUCACGAUUCGCAAGCUGUGACAGCCUGAAGUCGUGGCGGCCCCAGGGGGCAGCAGGCCUGGUGUCAUCCUAGGCACUACUAGCUACUUCAAAUUGCCUCUUGCUGCCGCCAGUGGUGCUGCCGUGCGCUCAAAGUCGUAUGUACAUCAGUGCAUUCUGUCCUUGGCCAUUAUCGAAUCCGUGCAUCUGCCUUGAUUUGGUAUGGUUGCUAUGGGCUCAAUGAUGGGCGCCACGAGACCGACAAGGCUCGCACAUGACUGUUUUUAAGGCACAAACGCCCUGUCACUUAUCCUCUGCCGGGGCGCCCUUGUGGCGCUUAAUACUUUCACGAAAACUGCAAUUCAUAAAUUGGCUACGGAACAUAAUUCAAGUAUGGGGCUGGUGAGUGGUGACGGGGUAUUGUCAUGUGGGGUGGGGGCACAGCGGUUAAAACGGAACCCUUCAAUGGCAGGGCGGGCUAUUAGGCUCAAUAUGUGCCACGGAAUCUUAUAGAAAGGAGAAUUGGGUCAAUCGGUUUCCCGUUUGAGCCGCCGGUGUGCGCUAUUACUGUUGGAUCCGGGGCUCCUGAUCACAGCGGCUGCUGCUGCGCCUAUUGCCAGUGACAUCUAAUGUUAUAAUAUACGUGUUGUGAAUUGCUACAUCGUCACGCCGCGUUUGUCCAAUAUUGCUGCGUGUAUGUGCGCAAAAGGGGUUAGGCAUCUAAUGGCACCUGGGGUAUUGAGUGGAGAGACGAGAGCUGGCGUGCUUUCACGUGACACCACAGCGAGAGAUGUCUGCGCUGCGGUGCGAGGGGAUGUCCAACUAGGGUGUGGCGUAGUGCGGGUGUAAUGGCCCGCGGGCAGAACUGUUUUGUUCCCGGGGGUUGCCUCAGGGUCCUGGCACGGGGUCCUUGGUAGGGCUGUACUUCCAUGGCUUCCAGUCCAGGACCAUCUGGAGCUAGGCGAUACUUGUGGAUUGCAUGCCGGUCAGUGGACUAAACAGCGCCAGACUUUGCUUGGUCGCAGAAAUACUCAUGCUUUGCGAUGCUUUGUCAAUUUGUUUGGUACGAUGCAAUGGUUAGGUGCGGAUGUCUGGGCGAGGCAAAAGGGGGCAGGCCCUGGGGGCAGGUUAGGAAGGGGAGACACGGUAGGCCUGCCGGGGGUAAGCGGCACGGCGGGGGGCGCGCAGCAAAGCCUGCAUCGCUGCUGCUGUGGAGGCAGGCAGCAAGCCGUGGCAGCGCUGACGCUUUACAAACGUGCGGCCGUUCACAUAUGGUAACCUUAAAGUCAUAAGCAGCCAACUGUAAAGGUAGGCUCUC